CUGUAAUAAUGAUUAUUUAACUGAGCACUAAUUUAGUUCUAAAUUUUAGGUUCUCGACGAAGUGAUACUGAAACAUACCUUGUGCUUUUAUUACUGAACUGCGACGGCUGACGAGAAUCAAAGUGGUACUGUUUCCAAUAAUCCACAAGUUUUGAAGCGGAUUCGCCUUACGACUAGAAAAUGAAGCUCGUGAUCAUGUUGAUUAUUCAACUGGUGUGUUGCUGUGGUGGCGUUCCAGACUGCGUUCCAGUCAAAGACUCGACUUAUGCGCAGAUUGGAAGCGGUGACGGUGAACGUCAAAAUUAUUCCUCGACUUCAAGUAUUUUUCACGCACUGAAAUCCGAUGUAAAUACCGACGACAGGAAUAUGGAAUUCUACCUUCAUGCAGAGGAUGAUGACCCGGAAAAAGUUACCCUCGAACAUCAAGAUAUUGUGGAGUGGCUAAAAAAUUUGAACGAUAAACGCCGCAAGAAAAUGUGGGAAGAACAUUUAAAGAGAGGACGAGCCGCAACCUCGGACAACUCGGACAACUCUUCUUCAUCUUUUGUCCGUGAAAACCAGUCUGUUCCGCAAGAUCUUAAAAGUUGGAUCGAUGAUCCCUCUCAUAAGGUCGGCAUCGAAACAACCCCUUAUUUCAAUGUAACUCAACCUGGUGAUGAGAAACCAAUGGUGAUUGAACCAGAUACGAAAAUCUCUAGCCCACCCCCAAUUGAACUGUUCAUAAUUUUGGGAAUUCUGGUGAUCAUUCCUCUACUCCUCGCAAUCCUGCGAAGGUGCUACAACAUCAAUAAGGAAGAAUUUGAUGGUCAUCCACAGAGAUGUGCUGGUGGAGACCGAACUAGACUGAGCAAAGCGCGAGCGCACUGCAAGCGGGACUUGGACCAAGAAACACUGCAGAUUCAGCGCUACCUCGCGCAACAGCGGUCGAAAGAUCCAGUUGAUCGACUAUCUGCCGAUCCCGAAAGAGAAAAAGAGACAAUUUUUGUUGGAAAGCAUAUGAGAAUUUUUAGGUAUGCGCCAGAGCUGCAUAUUCCUCCCGAUGUCAAUUCUUUUGCGAUGGGAUCAUCUCGGCUCCCUCGUCCUGAAGCGAAGGCAGAAGAGACAAGUUGCCAACAUUAAAAUGAAAUAAUUGCGACGGGUGAACAUGUUUCGAGGUCGUUCUAGACAUUACGAUAAAAUAAUUGCAUCGGGGAAACAUGUCACGAAGGUAGUUGUCAGCAUUCGAAUGAAUUUGUUACGACGCGUGGACAUGUUCCGAGGGAGUCUUGGUCUUAACGUCAUCGGAGCUACAACAUUGGACAAGAUACGUCCAACAAUUUGGCCCCAGAAAGUCAACAUACCGUCAAAAUUGACGUUGAAGAAGCUUUUCUCGCCUAAUAUUAGAUGCAUUGAAUUUUAUGAACAAUAUGACAGAAACUGUUACGGAUUAACUAAUUAAAUUUGCGGACAAAACUCCUCCCCGAAAAUUUUGAUUAUUCACGAUGGCGAGAAGUUAUCUUGGCCAAAAAAUCCUCAUGUACCGUGUCUUAUUAGUGAAAAACUAACCAUUUCACAAUUUCCUAUUUUCAUGCCAUUUACAUUCUUCACAUCAUAAGACAACAAAGCGUUUUUUCGACGGAAUGGAACUCCGCCAGCUGAAAUGACUUCCAAACAGAUUUCAGCGUUCCCUGGAUGGCAAAGCAAAAAAAGUUACCAUCACUGGGCAUAUUUUAUACACAUAAAUAAUGCUUUAUAAUAAUUUUAGUUUUCAUAAUUAUAAUCAUUAAGGAGUCCCAUAUGAUUCUCAAAGUCUUGGGUGUACUUACUUUAGAGUAGCUGAUAUUGUGCUUCUCAAAAUUCUUGAAUGGUCGCUGUAAAAGCUCAGUGGCAGUGAAUUAUCUAUCCCAAGGUCGGAGCACAAUCUAGGGACAUGUAUCGCUAUUAAUUAAAUAGGGCUGCGUAAGUAAAAUAAGUUUACAUAGUAACUGAUACAUAAAAAAAUUGUUCUUAAAAAGCUGGGAA